AUGGGGGAACAGUGUCGGUAUGCUCAUUCGGCGACAGAGUUACGACCCCCUCCGCAGUUGGACAAGACGAUGAUCUGCGCAAGUGUUAAAGCCGGAAAAGUGUGCUCGAGAGGAGCUGCGUGUACCUUUGCUCAUUGGCGGGGAGAGCUGCGACAGACGAUCAACCAUUACAAGACUAACAUGUGCCGAAACUGGCAAUUGGGCCGUUGCUCCAAGCCAAAUACGUGUAACCACGCACAUGGUGAAGAGGAGCUUUCUUUCUAUCGCCGUCUCGCUGCAACCAGGGGCUGCCGGAACUUCACCAAAGAGCAGCAUUACAUGCGUUUUGAUCCAUUUGGCUUCACACCUUGCGGUAGGGUCGCUUCUGCCGGAACUGAUACAACCUUUGAGGCUAGGACUUCCCUCCAGGGGGAACGAGCAUUUGACUGCAGUACAGAUACAAAACCGUUACCUGGUCACCACAGCAGCCUGUCGUUUCCCGACACGCCUGACUCGCGAUUCUAUUCAGGCACAAGUGAACACAACGGGCUGCAGAGGCAGUUGAAGUCGAACGAGGCGUCUGCUUCGGAUUGGAUUACUUCUUCUUUGGACUACAUUCACAACACGGAAGCUAAUGUAACAGGAUCGACACGAGGUUGUCUUGCCGCUCUACGCGGACGCGGCGGCAGUGUGAACGCGCGAAUGCAGGCGAAAGUCAUCAACCCGCACACGUGCACGCAGGGACAAAAGGAGGCACAGUCUUCAUGGCCGCCUCACGCAUGGCUCCGCCAGGAGGCCACGGACAUGAUCGCAAAGCACACGGAUGAGACCAUCAUUGACCGACGUCUCCUGGAAAAUUGGCCGUUUGAAGGGAAGCGAGACGGCUGCGCACAGCACCAGGAACACCGUGGACUCAUCGAUGCCUUCGAAGUGGGAGACUCAGCGGAACAACUUGAUCAUCAAAGAAAGCUGGGUACUAAGUUUCAGGACUCAGGGCGGAAUAUACCACGCCUGCACGGCUUGAUGUUUGAUAGCGGGGAGGGACGGCUUGAGGCGCAGAGAGUGAGCGGUAUCCUUCCCUCUCAGCAUCAGGUGAAAGAGCGGGUUGCCGCUGUGCCGCAUCGACAAGGUCGCGGCACCGUCGCAACACAAGCAUGUCACAAUGAAUUCUUUCUCUCGAGUGUUGCUGUGCUGCUUGGGUCCUCGCCGCUGUCGCCGGCCUCUCCGUCUGGGCCAGCAGAAUCGUCGACGGCCCGGGGAAGUGUCGGCUCUCGGUCUUUCGGAAGUCCCUCAACUCUGACCAUAGCACCUGCCUCUGCACUGGCAUGUCCUCAACAAUUUGAGUCCUCGGAAACAACAUGUUCGCCGUGGAAACAAACCUUGAUCCAAAAUGCGGAUCCUGCGAUCAAAACGAAGUUCUCUCAUGGGGAAACCAUCGUCGUGCGGAGUCACGGCUGGCGCACGCCCCGUGGGUUUUUGAUAGAGAGACCAGAAAAGGAUAGUUGUGCACACAGUUGGAAUUCAACGACUCUACCUCGGGUUCGUGGCCUGCGCAGUCGAGACACACCGCCAAACUUGUCUCUCUCUGAUCAGCACCCCAGUAACCGGUGCAAAAAUCAUAGCUUCUGUCAUACCUUCGGUGCAUCUGUUUGGAAGCGCAACCCCAGGCUUCGCGGAGAGGAGCUCCCUGGUACCUCCCGAACUGUCGGCAGGAGUGAGCGGUUUUGCGUGUCGGUUUCGACAAAAGUGGACGACUCUGGGAAUGCUUCGGCAAAUGCCACCUCCACUGGACUUUUGGACGAUCAUCAACAGGCCAAACUGCGGAAACAUGUUGAGCGCGUCCGCCGGCUGCAGCAGCUAAACAAUCGAUCUGGGAAAAUUGUUUUUUGGGGGACAGAAAACAUAUGGGGCUAUUCAACUGCAGGAAAAGUCUAUGAAGGACGCAUUGCAUCCAACGAUUCAUACCAGCGCAUCUUCAAGGUGGAUGUGGCCAAUGGCACAGAAUUGAGCAGGUGGCGAUCUCUAGUGGAGCCCCACGAAUCAGGGUGUGGUGAAUUACACACUGGUUUUACAUGGUUAGGCAGGCAACUAGAGAGAGUUCAUGGAUUCAGCUCGCUCACAAAGCUGGUUGCAUUCCUCCGUCGAGACGGGGUACGCAGCGGUGGCAAAGCAACAUCGCUACGCAGCAUGCCAUCGUUCCUCGGAGUUACUGAGGGGUUCAAACGCCACCAGAGCGGCAGUGGCUGCGGUGGGAACGGUGCAUAUUGCUGGGAAAGACGGUCCAUCCACGAGCAGCUUACACAGGGAUAUGAAAAUGCCAUGGCAUCUUCAUCUCCAUGUCAGAGAGAGCAACAAGGGGACAAGAAGACAGAUAAAAAGACAAUGAAUGGGACGACCACAUGA